AUAAACAAACGCGAAAUAAUGGAAUUUCGUGUAUUGGAAUUAUUUAGCGGCAUUGGCGGCAUGCAUUAUGCUUUUAAAUAUGCGCAACUGCCCGGCGAAGUGGUUGCCGCCUUGGAUGUAAAUACUGUGGCUAAUGCAGUUUAUGCACAUAAUUACGGUAGUACAAACGUGAAGACCAGGAAUAUCCAGAGCUUAAGUGAGAAGGAGGUGACCAAACUGGGUGCCAAUAUGCUGCUUAUGUCGCCACCAUGUCAACCGCAUACGCGCCAAGGCCUGCAGCGAGACGUGGAUGACAAGCGCUCCUGUGCUCUGUCCCACCUCUGCUCUCUGAUACCGCAAUGCGAAACGCUGGAAUAUGUGCUAAUGGAGAAUGUCAAGGGAUUUGAAGGGUCUCAGGCGCGUAAACAAUUUAUUGAAGCUUUAGAAAAAGCUGGCUACCACUGGCGUGAGUUUAUUCUAACUCCCACACAGUUUAAUGUGCCCAAUACUCGUCAUCGGUACUAUUGCAUUGCGCGCAAAAGCAAAGAUUUCGAUGUUGAAGCGGGAAAAAUCUGGGAGCAUAUGCCAGGCGCAAAUGCUGAUCCGACUCAGCAGUCUACGUGCAAAAUAUCCACAAUUGUAGAGCCUAAUGUGCCUGCUGGAACACUUGUGCCGGAUGACGUGCUUACCAAGCGGGUUCUUGUCAUGGACAUCAUUCACCCAACCCAAAGCAGGUCUAUGUGCUUUACAAAAGGAUAUACCCACUACACAGAAGGUACCGGUUCGGCGUUUACUCCACUUUCUGAAGCGGAGUCCCAUAGCAUAUUCGAGGCAGUUAAAGAAAUUGACAUGGAUCCUAACAGCGCAAACUGUGAAGCAACACAACACCGGCGUCUUGAACUUUUAAGAGAAGUAAGAUUACGCUAUUUUACGCCCAGAGAAGUGGCGCGGCUUAUGAGUUUUCCCGAAGAUUUUGAAUUUCCCGCCGAAACAACUAAUCGUCAAAGGUAUCGACUACUGGGCAAUAGUAUUAAUGUUUGCGUUGUGGGUGAACUGCUCAAGUUGCUGACGUCAUUAUAAAUACAUCUUGUGCAUUAUUUAAUUU